CAGCAACUCGGACACUAGAGCUUCAUCACACACGCUAGAACCUCAUCACACACACACACACACACACACACGCUCUCCUCUGCUAAAUCGAGGUCUGUGGAGCAUCUUGAGAUCUCUCUGACCAUGGAACAGAGUUUAGUGCCGCGUGCUUUAUGGACCAACGACAGCAAAUUUCUCCACCAUCAUGUCCCUGAUUUCUUCACCAGUGUCCAGGUUACACAGGACAUACCAGCAGGAGUGUCUUUCGGUCCUUGUGUGCUUCAUAAUACUAUUUAUGACACAAUAGCGUUCAUCGCACUCAAGUCGUUUGACAGAGGAGGGAAAGCCUACGUGUUCAGAGUAGAUCCGGAUGCAUUGAAGAGUUCUCCGUUAGUGGUUCCUUGGCUAAGGUUGGUGCAGGCUGCCAUGGACGCAGAAGAGCAGAACACUGAGGCCUAUCUGAAAGCCGGCCAGCUGUAUUUCCGCACUAUUCGAGAUAUUAGCCAAGGGGAGGAACUGCUCGUCUGGUACGACGAGGAGCUGUCUCAUCUUUUGGGCUUUAGCGACAUUAAAACCAGGGCCCUGACAGAUGGUUACUCGUGUGGGAAGUGCGGACUGGCGUUUAAACACGAAAACCCUUUUUUAGCUCACUGUCGCUUUUUGUGCACGCAAGUUAAAGUGGACAUCGUGCGAGGAGAAAGCGAACAGAAACACGCUGAAACACGGCGACAACGCAGUGUCACUGACUUCCACAACAUCGCAAGGGACUUGGAACAUAAAAAGUCGGGCUCGUCAGAGGAUCGAAAAAGAAGGAACGACGAAGCUUUGAGUCCGAAAUGCAGAAAACCUGUUUUGCUGGAGAAAAAGAACAUGGCCAAUCAUAACAAUAUGACACACGUCAACAAGGACUUUCCGCAUGACCAUGAUUUUACGGAACCGACCAUAAAAGUCUCCAGUUCUCCAACUUCUAAAUCAAAAAGCGCCAAAAGCAGUGCGUUUGUCGAGUCCAAGAAAACGAAAUCGGAUCAGCCAUCCAAGGCAGGGGAUAUAACACGAGAAAACCCAUCCGUAUCGACUUUACAGUUGGACAGAGAGGCUGCUUUGGGCCUUCAGUCCGACUCUAGCGCCUUUUUGCUUUGGGGUGCGCAUGCGGAUCAAAAGAGCGCUUUCUGCAAACCCAGCAGGCUCAGCAUCCCUGAGGACCAGCAGCAUCAGAGACCUAUCGGCGUUUCGGAUGAUGUUACAGAACAGGCAGCUUUGGGAUACAGACAUAUGUUGUCGUCUCACUUGUUUCAAGGCGACCUACCCAGCACACAAACUGUCUCGCCGGCUAUCAUGAGCGCUCCUGUUUCCUUGCAUUACGCACCGGAUGUGUGGUGCAGGAACAUCAGUGGCCCUUUACAGCCCACCUCUUCUCUCAGACUUCUUCCUCCUACUCUCAGUUCUAUGGCCGUGACGGUGCAGAACUGGUGCGCUAAGUGCAACCUCUCAUUCCGGAUGACUUCGGACUUAGUGUUUCACAUGCGCUCGCACCACAAGAAAGAGUUCGCCGCCGAGGCUCAGAGUCGGAGGAGACGAGAGGAGAAACUCACCUGCCCAAUCUGUCAUGAAUACUUCCGCGAACGUCAUCAUCUCUCGCGUCACAUGACUUCACAUAACUGAUCCAAGGACUAAAAAAUAAUGUUUUCAUACGGUUUGGUGCAUCAGGUGCAUCAGGCCAUGCGUAUAACAGAGUGCAUUGAUUAAAACAAGUAUAUAUUCCUGUAUGUUUACAAGCCAAAUAACACCUAAAAACAACAAUGUGAAAGUUGAUGCAGGUCAUAUUCUAACAUAAGUAGAUCUAAAUUCAAAAUUGCCAACGUUAACAUCUUUUAGGUCCCUUGUUAAAAAUUAAAAAUAAGCAGUCUAAAAUAAUUAUUUAUUAACUCCCCCCUCAGUUCUGUUGGUCUCCACGAGAUGGCCACAGAACUCCACAGCAGAAUAUCAGUCAACAUCUCAUGACCUUAGUUUUCUAUUCAGUGUAUCUGGCUAAUUGUAAAGGAUGUUGAACUUUACAAUACUAACAUCACAAUCGGGUUGCGACUAAUACUGAGUUACAGUCGAUAGUGCCUUACGAAGCUCAGGUUUGAGAAUAGAGAUCUAUAAAUAGACAUUUUCACUAACAUUUUGUUAGCAGCCAGACUAAACCAUGAGUAGGGCUAAUUUAGUGUAUUUAUUUAUUUUAUUAUUAUUAUUAUUUAAUCUGUUGUGGUUUUGUUUUUAGUUGUUGCACUACGAUCAAAAGUACUAGUUUCUUUACAUAUGGCAUGUUCAAUGUUUCUUUCAUCAUUAUGUCAAGUCAUUUUUAAUCAUCUCAAAGGACAACAGUGGGGUGGGGGUGGUAUAGCCUUUAUAUAUUUUGUGACACAUUAUUUCAGUAAAAGUCCUGCUUUAAAGACUGCAACCUGCAACACAUUUGGGAUUUAUUCCUUAUUAUCACUGUAGUAAUUCAUUACUCAAUAGUUUAAAGAUUAUAAGAUAUUCUAUUUGAAUUGUUGAAAUGUCUGUCGAAGUAACGAAACUAGAUUAUUGCAUUUGGAAAGAUGUUAGCAUACAUAAUGCAUAUUAAUUGUUUAACAACAACAACAACAACAACAACAACAAUAAUAAUAAUAAUAAUAAUAAUAAUAAUAAUAAUAAUAAUAAUAAUAAUAAUAAUUGGCUUACCUAAAAUUUAUUCAGUCAACAAGACAUGUUCAAACAAAUCAAAAUAGUGUGUUUUUUUUAUUAAUACCUUGUCUUACUCUGACUAGUAGUCCAGAAUGCCAUUUCAAGACCUUUAAAAUGCUUCAAGCUCAACUUAAAAUGACAUCAUCAUUAGCCACUGCAUUUUAAUUUAACUGUGUUCUGAAAAUGUAUAUCUUUUGGAAAUCUCUGCAAAAUGUCUUUAAGGGCAAGAAGAGCAGAAUUGUAGAUGUUUCCAUGAUGUUGUAUUCAUGCUCCAAACUAUACAGACUGAAGUGAUCACAUGGGAUUAGGAAGCAAAAUUAGUAAUCAUUAUAGUAAUUAAACAUACUCUAAAUACAGGCUAAUGUCAUUCUUCUGAUGCUGAUGUUUUGGUGUUUUGGUCUUGUCUUGGUGUUUGAUGGUUCAUAAAAAUGAACAUUGUUUUUCUUUUUUUUCUUUUAUGCCUGUUAGAUAUUAGUGGAAGAAGUAUGCAUUCUGAAAAAGACUAACUGUUAACAGGUAGAAUAAACAGAUUUUUGAGUUAUUCGAACACUUAGCUAUAUAUGCCUUGACAAAGUGGGACGUCGCCUGCUUACACUCAAUGAUAAAGGAAUUAAUAUUUGUGUGAAUUUGUGUGUAAAUGUAUGGGGACAAAAUCUAUUAUAUUUUCUUGAAUAAAAUUCAAUUCAUCACUUAAAGCAUGUUAUUAUUUUAAAUUAUAUCAUGAAUAAGAUAUAGACCUCAAACUCACAUACUCUUAUGGUCCUGUAGAGGGAGCUUUUUCCUACCUUUUGAAGAGUUGCAUUCAGACUGUGGAAGAGAGAGAGAGAGAGAGAGAGAGAGAGAGAGAGAGAGAGAGAGAGAGAGAGAGAGAGAGAAUGUGUGUGUGUGUGUUUGUGUGUGAGUAAGAGAGAGACAGACAGAGAGAGAGAAAGAGUGCUCAUGGGACUAUCGUUCUUUUUUGUGAGAAAUUUGUGAGAAAAAUUACAGCAUAAUUAGUGAUCAGGCUGCAUUAGAUGCUAAUCAGAUGAGAAAUACUUUGUUUUGGCUGUAUUCAAAAUGUUUUUUCUGUUCAUUCAUUUAACUGGGGAUUCCCUCUUGUAGAUGUCUAAUUUUGCCACUGAUUUUAAGUGUUUUUGUGGGUAGUGGUUGCUGGCAGAAUGAAUAUUAUUAAAAAGAAAUUCUAACACUCAAAGCACAAAACAAUAUAUAAAAUGCAUGUUAACAAAUAUUUGAAUUAGUAAAAUACAAAAUGUUUCCAAAAUUAUUUGCCUGCAUUUAGAGGGCAAUGCAUCUUUAUUGUGAUAAUUUGUGAUAAUGAAAAUGUGAUAAAUUAUAAAUCUGGAAAAUGCAUUCAUGAGA